UAUAAUAAAGAAAUUUAUUUUGGAAAUUUAGGAAUUUUAAUAGACAUUUUGUCGUAAAUUUUUUUUUAUUGAUGCCAUUCUUAAGAUCAUCAACUCCCUUUGAUAAUGACAUAGAGAAAGCUACUAGUGAAAAUAAUACUGAAGCAGAUUGGGGAUAUAUAAUAAACAUUUGUGACAAUGUCAAUAAAAUACCAGAUGGGCAUAAGAUAUGUAUUAAUUCUUUAAAAAAGCGACUUAGAAGUCAGAUACCAAAUGUAGUCUUGCAAACAUUAACAGUGUUGGAUUCAUGUGUAAUCAAUUGUGGACAAGCAUUUAAAUUAGAAAUUGCUACUAAAGAUUUUUCUAAUGAACUUAAAUACCUUAUUACUAAAGGUCAUGGUAAAGUUUCACUAAAAGCUAAAGAACUUAUUAAAAAGUGGGCUCAUGAUUUUAAAGAUGAUCCUGCUUUAUUUUUAAUACCAUCAUUAUAUAAUCAAUUAUUAAGAGAUGGCAUAAGUUUUGGCUCCCCUAAAACAGCAAAAAAAGUUUUAAAGACAAAUAACCCUGAUUUUGUUGAAAGUAAAGAAGAAGAAGAAGAUAUUGCAAAGGCUAUCCAUUUGUCCUUGAAAGAUUCUAAAAUGUCAACUGUUCCUGUUCUCAUUGUAAAGCCAGAUGAUAUCUCAUCUUUAUUAUAUCCUUCCACGAAUCCUACAAUAUCUCCUGGAAAUUUAAAUUAUGGUACCAUAAAAAAAUUGCCUAUACCAUUAGCUCGAGCCCUUUAUGAUUUUGAAGCAGUUGAAGACAAUGAAAUAAGUUUCAAAUGUGGAGAUAAAGUAUUUGUUUUGGAUAGUAGUGAUUCUAAUUGGUGGAGAGGCAAAACUGGUGAUACCCAAAAAGAGGGCUUGUUCCCUGCCACGUUCGUCAAAUUCAUAAAAAAUGAGGAAGACGAUAUGAAAGAAUUCCCAAUUGCAUCAGAUGAGCUCAGAAAUAGUGUGGUCAAUGGCAAAGACUCGAUUAGAUCCGCGAACAUUAUAGAUGAAAACGUUUUAGACGAAUGCUUGACUCUAUUGCACCUCGCCGAUCCAACUGGAAAAAUUGAAGAUCCUACGGAGAUGUUUGCCACAGAGAACAAAUCUUUGGCCAUGAGUUCGCUUAUCGACCAGGAAUUAGAAAAGGUUGAUGAUUGUCACGCCAAAUUGUUUGAACUGAAUCGCAAGCUUAACGAAGCCUUCAAAUUUUAUAAUUACCUUUUGACACCCGUCUCAGCCGUUAAUGCGGCUAAUAUGCUUCAUAAUCAAUCUCAACAACCUACUGUCUCAAAUCAAAAUAAUCCUCCACAGGAAACCUUUCAAUCGCCUCCUAUUAUGAACAAUCUCCAAAAUAAUGUCAAUUCACCGUACAUAGCACAGAAUCAAGAAAUCGCAAAUACAAUUCCCUCGUAUAUGUAUCAAAACGCUGCCCAAAAUUUCCAUAAUAUCGAUAUUCCUCCCAACUAUCAAUUAGCCGAUUAUAACAACCAAUCGGUUAGCAUGAACAUGCCUAAUCCAACUUUCCAACCUUCAGCUAAUAUCGUUAAUUCCAUCCAACCACCACACCAAUAAAAUAUCAUCAAUUUAUAUUUUAUUGCAGCAAUAACUAGCGCUUUACUUUACUACAAAUUAUUCACUUGCCAAUUUUAAAAAAAAAAUUCUUAUAUUCAAUUUAAUAUAUAAAUAAGUCGAUAAUUUAUAUAAUAUUUUA